UCUGAGUUUAAGCUUCAAUAAUAAAAAAAUGAUUCCAUGCUUAGUUUGGGAAAAUCACUUGAGAAAAUGGUAAUGAAGUAAUGAAUAAAAAUAGAAAUGACAGGAUGGUGCAAAGAGAAUCUCGUUACUACAAAGAACAAAAUGGACACCAACCAUCAUUUUAUCCCAUGAUAUUUAACCCUACCGUUUAUUAUUCAUCACACACUUCACAUCAUCCACAAUUUGAAGCAAAUCACACACCAGGAAAUUUACCUUACCAGAGAGAUUCUUUUCAAGACAGACAACUAACCAUGCCUCCUCAGUUACGGGACACUUCCAGAGUUCACGCAAGUAAUAUUUUUACUCCUGGCAAUGCAACAGGUACUUCUCAAACUAAGCUGGAAAAACAUCAUACGACUCUAAACUCUUCGUUGCUUGCUACACAUCAAGGGCAUCAUUAUCAUAAAAGUAGUCGAAGACGUGGUAGCAUGCCAGUAUUUGAGUCUCACACACAGUCAUUACCAAAACUUAACUAUGUCCAAAAAUCUAUUCACCAAGCAACGCUGGUCCAACGACCUAUAAAGAGAUAUGCAGGCAUGACUCAACUUCCAUUAAUAGACCCAUUAUCAACCAAUUAUUAUCAACAAUCAAACUCUCAUGUGUCAACCAAGGCUCAUAACACUGGCACAUGUGACAAUCCACCUCAACAAAGUGAGUUGAAAGAAAGGACAGCGAAUUGUGAUUCUGUGGAAAAAUGGCCCCUUACUCCUGCUGCUUCGAUGAAAUUGUACAAAGAUCGACUGACUACCUUCGAACAAGCUGAAAUCUUAGAUUACACUGAGGUCUGGUACCUAGGUGUGGAUUCUAAGAAGAUUGAAGGUGUUCCUGGUGCACCAAUGAAUAAUGGUUAUGAUGACGAAAACGGUAGCUACAUCCGAGUGUUAAAAGAUCACAUUUCUUAUCGUUAUGAAGUGGUCGACCUCGUCGGUAAAGGUUCUUUCGGUCAAGUCAUUAAAGCGUACGACCACAAGCUGAAAGAAUAUGUGGCCAUUAAAAUUAUUCGAAAUAAAAAGAGAUUCCACCACCAGGCGUUGGUGGAGGUCAAAAUACUAGACUCUCUCCGUCGCAAGGAUCGUGAGAAGGGGCAUAACAUAAUCCAUAUGAAAGAUUAUUUUUAUUUUAGGAAUCACUUAUGCAUUUCUUUCGAGUUGUUAGGAAUGAAUUUAUACGAACUAAUAAAAAAGAAUAACUUUCAAGGGUUUAGUUUGACGUUGAUUAGAAGGUUUGCCAUAUCAAUACUACAAUGUCUUCGGUUGUUGCACAAAUGUAAAAUUAUCCAUUGCGAUUUGAAACCGGAGAAUAUACUGCUGAAACAAAGAGGCACGACCGCCAUCAAGGUAAUCGACUUCGGAUCAAGCUGUUACGAACACCAGAAAGUAUAUACUUACAUACAGAGUCGUUUUUACAGAUCUCCAGAAGUUAUCCUAGGUAUUUCAUACUGCACAGCUAUCGAUAUCUGGUCAUUGGGGUGUAUUCUAGCAGAGCUAUACACUGGCUAUCCGUUAUUUCCUGGCGAGAAUGAAGUGGAGCAAUUGGCUUGCGUGAUGGAGAUAUUUGGUCUCCCACCAAUAGAUCUCAUCGAAAAAGCACAGCGAAGGAGGCUAUUUUUCGAUUCGAAAGGUCAACCUCGAAGUACCACAAAUUCUAAGGGGAAAAGAAGAAGACCUCUCUCCAAAAAUUUGAGCACAUCACUCAAAACUAACGACCCACUUUUUCUCGAUUUCAUACGGUGUUGCUUAGAGUGGGAUCCAUCUAAAAGAAUAACUCCUGAUGAAGCUAUGCAUCAUUCUUGGAUAACUGAGGGAAAACAGAAUUCAAAACGGACAUCAACAACACGAAAGCAAAUCGAUGAAAGUCCGGUUCCAACCACAGAUAAACAUUCGGGUUCAAACCCAGAUUCAUACCGGACAUAUUUUGUUACUCAGUCAAAAAGGAAGCCUGUGUACCACGCUCAGUUACAGUAUUCGCAUUAUUCGGACCUCUCGAUGCAUUCCGGUGCAUACUUCUGCAACAAAGAAAACAAAAACGGAAAAGAACGGCAUCAGCCUAGUGAACCUAAAAACGACAAGUUUCUGCCUUCGUUAAAAUAGUUAGGCUGUGUAGAUAUCGCGAUUGCAACAAAGAUUAAAAGCCACGGCUACGUUAGAUGAGUUGAAAUUGCCGUAUCGGCAUUGAAAACCUUUUACGAGAUAUUACUAGAUUUGCGACAUGCGAAGUUAAGACUACAUCAAUUCCGUUGUCUCGAUUCGUCUACGGUGAACAUUUCUCUCUGGUAGAGAAAACCUUAGUUUUAAUAAUAGUUUAUAGUUAGAGCAUAGAUAACGCAUCCUGCGCACAAACAAAUUGACUAUGUACACCCUUCAUCGUGGCCACGUUUAAAAGCUAUGUUAUUAUUAAAAGUUCUUCCGUGAACACGUAGAGUUAAACGUUUCGCAAACAAACACCAAAACGAGGCACUUUAAGUAAGUUUACCUAAAAUGCUGACAUCGUACAUUCGCACAAAGUAUUGAUUAUUUCAACUGAACUACCCUGAACGCAUUAAUGUAGACCAAACUUUAAUAGUUUGAAAUAAAAAAAUCUGCCCAGACACUGCGCGUGCGCAUGCUAUAAAUUCAUGUCGCAGCACUUUGUUAUUUUAUUUCGUAGUAGAAAAUAAGUUUUAUUUAUUUGUCACGUUUUAAAAGUAAAAUACUUUUUUAUUACACCGUAAUAUUUUUUGUAAAUUUUUGUUAUUUUUAUUUUUUAUACCUCGUUUUAUUUUAAAUUACCUAAAUGACUUUAUAAAUAAUUAUAAUGUAUUAUUAUUAUUAUUAUGAUCAAUGCUGAUAUGGAGAUAGACUAA